CGCAUAAUCGUUCUGCCCCUUGUAUGUCGAUCCCAAUGUUUCUGCCUGAAUAUUAGAGUGCCCAAGCAAGGAUCGACUGAAGAAUCCAUGUUUCUGGAGUGGCUAAUAGCGACACCGGUGGCUUGGAGCCUGAUGGGGCUGCUUUCUUUGCAUUGCAUCGUUAUGCAAGCAGAUUGAUGCUGCACCCGAAGGAGCAUUAUCCAUGAAUCCGCGCCUAUUUUCCGUUGGAUCGUGGACUCAACCAUUGACAUGUGUGGCUGCUCCUGGGGCGUUGAAAAUAGGUGUCUCCAAAUACUGCACCCAACUCAUUCAACUCCAUCACUUGCAUCACUAUGGCACCCGAACCUGGCAUUGUGCCUGUCCCUGGUGCCUUCCAUGGUCCCCCGGGGCUUCGACGCAGCGAUGGCUCGUCUCCUCGCAGCUGGGUUCGACCUCGGUCCGGCGCCAACUAACGCAAUGUUAGGCGAGAAGCAUGGCGUUAUAUCCCAGGACGAUGCUGACCAUAUUCAAACCACCAUGACGCCGUACAUAGACAAGGGCAAGGAAUUUAUCAUUAUCGUGCACUCGUACAGAGGUACCCCAGGGGCAUGCCCGGUGAAGCACCAGGCCGUCAAGGAACGUGCAGCAGCGCGAAAAGAGGGCGGAAUUCGGGCCAUCAUCUUCAUUUCAUGCAUCCUGAUUCCCAAGAAAGGCGUUGCAUCCACAGAAACAGGGUAUUUCGGGCAUCUGGCCACAGCGCUUGACUCACGAGCCGACGGAAGAAAAGGUGCUAGUCAACCCGAUGAUUGAGAUUCCGAUACGCUGGUAGGGUCUCCUCCUAUUGCUUAAGAGUUCACGAGGACGGCGUUCUACAGUGAUAUGACUGAUGAGUUGGUGGAUU